GAAACUGAUUUCCUUUGUCUUCAUGAAGAUAAGUAUGCUUUUGAAAAUGAAGAUAACACAUUAUAUGAUCACAACAAAGAAAGUGAAUAUUCAUCAUCUGAUGCAGACCCAAAUCUGCAUGAAAGUGAACUCCUAAAAUAUACAAGAGACUCCAUACAGAAUAAAGAAAGAACUGAAUCAAUUUCUGAAAAUGAUUCUGAGGAAUCACACACUCAGGAACCUGCAAACAAAAAGUUGGUUGGAAAAGAUGACACUGACGAGCCACAAGUGCAAGACAGUCUCCCACUAGAACCCACUGAAGGCCAGUCCAGUUGGAUUUCAGGAUGGUUCAGCACAGAGAGUCAAAAGUAUGAAGAGCCCUUAAAAGUCAUUACUGAAUCUUUAGAAGAAAAUACAUACAGAGGCCGAAAAAUAGUGGUAACUGCUGAAAAUGACUUAGAGGAGACAAAUGAUAAGGAGGAACAAGAACCCCCAGCAACUGGUUGGUUUCAAGGUGGACUGACAAACUUUCUGUAUUUUGGUGAAGAGAAUGAGGAUGUUAAUUUGGCAUCAGAACAAAAUGAUCCACAAGACCAUGAUGUUUCUGGUGUGCCUGGGCAUUCCAAUACUGAACAAGAAACAGCAGCCACAGAGUUACUGUCAGAAGAAGAAAAAAGUGAAAGCCAAGAAUCCAAAUCAAAUUGGUUUAAUUUGGGUUUAAGUGAUGUUCUUAGUUUUGGCCAUGCUGAGACAGAUACAAUUGCUACAGAGGACCAGCAAAGCAGAGAAAUGAAGGAUGAAGCAAGUAAGAAUGAGGAAGAGCAGACUUCAGACCAGAAAGAAUCACAUAUGGACAAAGACUCGAAGGAGACAUUUAAAGCAGUGACAGAUGAAGACGAAGAGAAUUAUGCACAAGAAAUAGUAGGUUCAAACAGUAAUGGGCCAAAUCCUGAGGAGAUACCAGCAAAUGUACAUACUCUUAAUGACACCAAAAGCACCUCAAAUAGCACAGAAUCAUCUCCUGAUAUACUAACAUGUGAUAAAGAGAAGCCACUUGAACCUUACAGUUCAGAAGAAGACUUGAUAUCAGAAAGCCAACUGCUGAAAAACACUGAAGCUGACAAGAUGAAUCAGGAGUCAGAAAGCAGACAUGGCCAGUCAGGUUGGUAUACAAAUAUCUAUAAUAGUUUUUUUAAUUAUAAUAUGGGCACAUGUGAUAAUCAACAGGGAUAUGAAUCAAUUGCAUCAGAUCACAUUUCUUCUUGUCCUAGCCCACCUCAGAAUUGUGAUCCCUCAGGCACAAAAAGUACAGAAGAAAAUCCUGGCAUAUAUGAAGGACAGAGCCAUUUCUUCUCUUUUAGUCCUUUUGCAGACAUACUGAAGUUUUGGAGUUCAACAGCCAAAGAAGAGCAAGUGCAGAGCUAUGGGGAACUGCUGGGACCUGCAGAAAAUGAUCUGGGCAUCAAGAACACCCAGUGUGACAGUGAACCAUGUCUUAGUCAGGAAGCAUCUGAGAGACAAACCAGUCUAAGGCUGUGA